CAUCCAUAUACCAGUACUCAGUAUUCAAAGCCUGUUUAUACCCUGUGCCAGUCAACAUGGGAUCCAGAACAAUGAAAGCGAUCCAAAUCCAAAAAUACAACGAGCCAUACCAUGUGUCCGAGGUGCCUGUCCCUCACCCAGAGCCGCAUCAGGUAUUAGUACGCAUCAAGGCUGCUGGGUUCUGUCAUACCGAUUUGAUGGCUCUAAACGGCGAAUUUGAAACUCGGUUACCGUUUAUCGGAUCGCAUGAGCCGGCGGGGAUAAUCGAGGAGGUUGGCUCUCAGGUCACAGGUUUCCGGAAAGGCGACCGGGUCGGCUGUAUCAAUUUUGACAGUGUCUGUGGAAAAUGUCCGGACUGUAAGGCUGGUCGUCCUAUCUAUUGCGAUGCCCCGAUGAUGAAGGGUAUCACUGCUGAUGGAGCGUGGGCCGAAUACAUGGUUGCGGAUGCUCGAUUUGUGGUUAAAAUACCAGAUGAUAUGGAAUUUAAAGUGGCAGCACCUCUGAUGUGCGCCGGGAUUAGCAUCUACGGCGGCAUAGUCCGAGCCAAUGUGCCCCAAGGCGGCUCUAUCGGCAUUGUCGGGAUUGGAGGUCUAGGUCAUAUUGGUACCCAGGUUGCCAAGUGCAUGGGCUACAAGGUCGCGGCAAUCGAUGUCAAGCAGUCAGCUCUGGAUGCAGUAGCAUCCUACGAGCACAAGCCUGACGUAUCCAUUCUGGCCACUGAUUCAGUGGAAAAGUCCCAAGAGAAGAUCAACAAGGCUAUGUCUGGCGACUAUCCAGGCCUUGAUGCGACCGUCCUAGCCACGGAUCAUCCAUCGGCCUUUGAAUUAGCGGCUGCCCUUACGCGGAAGCACGGUACGAUGGUCCUGCUUGGUCAGCCCGAAAAGGGGAUAACCAUGUCAUACCACACGGUCAUCUACAAGGAUAUCACGUUGGUAGGCUCCUUGAUUGCCGACACAGCUGCUGCGCAGGCGUUCAUUCAGUUGUUCCACGAAAACAAGCUGCACGUGGAAGUCAAGGAGUGGAAGCUGGAGCAGGCAGAGCAAAUGAGGCAGGAGUACUUGACCGGAAAGUCGAAUGGCAAAAAUGUCAUUGUUAUCGACUGACUGGCUCCGGAUUCUGAGCUGAAGCUCGGUAGAAGAUAUUAGUUUGGACGCUGGUUUAGCUCCUUCUGCGUCAUAGUCGCCGUGGGGCCAAAUAUAUUGGCUAGCAGGAUGGCGUCGGAUGUGAGGAAGUAGCAGAUGCUUAAAAUAGCCACGACUUCUAUUUGGCGAGAUAAGUCUGAUAUCGUGACGUCCCUGCCAAUAUCUUAGGCUUAGUGUCCCAAAAGAAUCGAGGCGGAUGG